UGUAGGUCACAGUUUUACUACAGGUCGAGAGAAAUGGCGGACAUGGAUGAAUUGUUCGGGAGUGAUGGCGACAGUGACAAUGAGCAGCGAGAGUCUGGUUCUGGAUCCGGUUCGGACUCUGAGCCGGAGAGACCCCGAUCUGCAAGCAACGCCUCGGGGAGCGGCAGCGACAGUGAAAGGGAACGGAAUGAUGAUGAUGACGAAGAGGAAGGCCAGGAGGCGGAUAAACCCAGUAUCAAUAAGGAGCUGUUUGGAGACGACAGUGAGGACGAGCAACACAGUCAACGCAGCGGCAGCAACAAUGACAACCAGUCGGAGCGGUCGGGCAACCAGUCGGACGCCAGCAUGCACUCGGACCAGGGCAACAACGAUCACUCCGACGCGGAGCAGCACAGCAGUUCCGAACGCGGCCAUCGGCAUGAGGAAGAAGACGAAGAGGACGGGGGCCACCGGUCGGAUGCGGGCAGCCCAGUUGGCAGCCCAGUAUGCAGCCCGGCAGGCAGCCUGGUAGGCAGCCUGGUAGGCAGCCCGGUAGGCAGCGGGAUGUCUGGAGAAAGGAGCCCCCGCUCCGAGAGUCGCAGUGUUCGUUCGGAAAGAAGCAUGCACAGUGGCGCUGGGACUCCGCAGUCGGAGCAGGGCACCCCCCAAUCUGACGGAGAAGCCUCUGGCAGGGACAACCAGUCCGACAAUGAGAAGUGGGAGGGAGGUGCUAAGAGUGACCUGUCGGAGGAUGAGGAGGAUAAACGCCGUUACUCUGAUGAGGAAAGAGAGAACUCUCACGACGAAGGGUCCAGGAACAGGAAGCCAGAGUCUGCAAAGGGCAGUGAUAGUGAAGAUGAUUUCCUCAGACAGAAGACCAAAGUGAAAGCUGCAUACGAUUCCGAUUCAGACAGCGACGUCGGCACAAAGAAAGUAAAGAAGACGGUAGCAGACGAUCUGUUUGGGGAGGCCGACGACAUCUCCUCAGACAGCGAUGCAGAGAAGCCUCCGACACCGGGGCAGCCCAUGGAUACAGAGGACGGGGAUCACCCAGAUGAGCAUGCAGAAGGUUCAGCCGAAACCCGUAUUGAAGUAGAGAUCCCAAAAGUCAGCACAGAUUUGGGAUCUGACCUUUAUUUUGUCAAGCUGCCCAACUUCCUGUCCGUGGAGCCCAGGCCCUUUGAUCCUCAGUACUAUGAGGAUGAGUUUGAGGAUGAAGAGAUGCUGGAUGAAGAGGGACGGACCAGACUCAAGCUGAAGGUUGAGAAUACCAUUCGCUGGCGAGCCAAGAGAGACGAGGAGGGAAACGAAGUGCGGGAGAGCAAUGCGCGCAUUGUCAAAUGGUCUGACGGCAGCAUGUCCCUCCACCUGGGGAAUGAAGUGUUUGAUGUCUACAAAGCGCCUCUCCAGGGAGACCACAACCACCUGUUCAUCCGACAGGGCACUGGACUGCAGGGACAGGCGGUGUUCAAAACCAAACUCACAUUCAGGCCCCACUCCACGGACAGCGCCACCCACAGGAAGAUGACCCUGUCUCUGGCCGACCGCUGCUCCAAGACGCAGAAGAUCCGAAUCCUCCCCAUGGCGGGACGAGAUCCCGAGUCGCAUCGCAGUGAAAUGAUCAAGAAAGAGGAGGAGCGGCUGCGAGCUUCCAUCCGCAGAGAGUCCCAGCAGAGGAGGAUGAGGGAGAAGCAGCACCAGAGAGGCCUGAGCAGCAGCUACCUGGAGCCCGACCGCUACGAUGACGAGGAGGAGGGCGAGGAAGCCAUCAGCCUGGCAGCCAUCAAGAGCAAAUACAAGGGGGGAGGAGGCCUGAGGGAGGAUCGAGCGAGGAUCUACUCAUCCGACAGUGAGGAGGGCUCUGAUGAUGACAAGGCCCAGAGGCUGAUGAAGGCCAAGAAGCUAGACAGCGAUGAGGAGGCCGAGGGAUCAGGCAAGAGGAAAGCAGAGGACGACGAGGAAAUAUCCACCAAGAAGGCCAAGAAAUAUGUCAUCAGUGAUGAGGAGGAGGAGGAGGAGGAGGUGGUGGAAGACGUUGAGGAGGUGGAAGAAGUAGAGGAAGCAGAGGAAGCAGAGGAAGCAGAGGAGGCGGAGGAAGAUGAUGAUGUAUAAUUCAGUUUCUUUCUUUUUUUUACAUUUCACUGUAUUAUCAGUGCUCAGCCCACAUGCCAUAUCAACAGCCAUACCUUGUUUUGUAUAUUUUCUUAAGACAUGUGUGGGUGAGUGUGAUUGUUUUGUUUGUUGUGUACAGAAAAGGUGAGAAAUAAAGCAAUGGUUGUCUUAUGUAACAAAAAAGUU